UCGUCCUUUUGUCUUUAAUGUGGUAUUAUGACAAUUCAGUAACGAUAAACUGUGUUACUAUAUCGUAUUCCUUAAGUAGUCGUUUAUGCAAACUUGACAGCCCGUUGAAAUCAUAUUCAAAAGGACUAACACAAGGUUUCAUUGAACAAAAUGGAACGCGGCACCGAAACUCCUCAUUUUACCCCCAAGCAGCUGGCGGGAACAAGUAAACUACAACCCAGGAGCCAGGACCAGGAAAACAUACAAAUAAACGCUGUAAACGUUGUCAUAUGCGCUGUAGUUUUUAUCUGUUUUAUUACAGGAUCGUAAGAAAGGCUGGAGCAGGCCAGGCAUGAGUGGCGCACACCUGGACGAGUGGCAGAGGAGGUCCUUUGACAUUUCAUCUGGCACCUGCACACCUGAACAGACGGCAGACACCUACCGGGCGCACAUCCUCUCCAUUCAGUAUGCAUGGGCAAGCUCCCAGCUCUCUCAGGCCGGGAUGGCCAGCCUGCUCAGGACCUACUCGGAGCGCUACGCCGCAGUGCUGGACUCGGACGACCCUCGCACAGGGCUCAACAACUAUGCAGAGAGCGCGCUGCACCUGGCCCGCAGUCAGAGGAACUACAGCGACAAAUGGGAGUCGUCCCUGACCGUGGGGAGCGUGCUGGAGCUGCCGUGCGUGCAGAAGAUGAUUCAGGCAGGGACGGAGGGAGGAGACUCCCCGGUGGCACCAGCAGAUGUUAACAUAUCUGUUGGACAACAGAGCCGAGGCAGCUCCCUGUCUGCUCCCUUCACCGGAGUCAGGGCGGAGCCUCCAUUAUUCAAGUCGGCAGCCCCCCCGCAACCUAAAACAGAGAGUAACAGCAUGGCCGGUAAUCCUCUGGGUAGUGCUGCGGAGAGGCCAAGAGGCUCUGAUGGGAUGUCAAGUGUUCCCAGUUCACUCUCCCGACCCCCUGCACGUGCUCAGCCUGUGUUUGGUCACUCCUCGUCGGUUCCUCCACAGGGAAACCAAGGCCCUGCUGGUGCCACACAAAACUACCAGUCCUCCUUCUUCCCCACCUCCAACCAAACCAAGCGGAAGAAUUUCUACAGCACAAAUGGAGGGGAGGGGGGCAGGGGGGCGCACGGAGGUCAGAGCAACCUUGAGCCACGAGUAGGAAAUAACUUCAAAACGGCUCGUGAGCAGCUCAUUGUCGAUCAACAGAAAAAACAUUCCCAUCAGCCCCAGAGAGGUCAGCCCCCCGGGAUGGCGGCAGUUGUGAAGAAAUCCCUGGGCGCCAACAGGCCUCGAGGGACGUUCUCUAAAUUUGUGUCACCUAUGCCAAGGCAGGAGGAGGAGGACGAAGGCGGGAUGGGCCACGGCUCCGGUCAAGAGCCCCAGAUUCUGGAUGAGCGCCUGAAAAACUUUGAGCCCAAAAUAGUUGAGCUGAUCAUGAGCGAGAUCAUGGACCACGGCCCUCCUGUGGCCUGGGACGACAUCGCUGGCCUGGAGUUCGCCAAGGCCACCAUAAAGGAGAUCGUGGUGUGGCCCAUGCUGCGGCCGGACAUCUUCACAGGGCUGCGCGGUCCACCCAAAGGCAUCCUCUUGUUCGGACCCCCGGGGACGGGCAAAACGCUCAUAGGGAAGUGUAUAGCUUGCCAGUCAGGCGCCACCUUUUUCAGCAUCAGUGCCUCAUCACUCACAUCCAAGUGGGUGGGCGAGGGAGAAAAAAUGGUGCGAGCCCUGUUUGCCAUCGCCCGUUGCCACCAGCCGGCGGUCAUCUUCAUUGACGAGAUCGACUCGCUGCUGUCCCAGAGGACAGACGGCGAGCACGACUCAUCACGCAGGAUAAAGACCGAGUUCUUGGUUCAACUGGACGGGGCAGCCACGGCGGCAGAGGACCGAAUCCUCGUGGUGGGCGCCACCAACCGGCCUCAGGAGAUCGAUGAGGCGGCCCGGCGCCGUCUGGCAAAGAGGCUGUACAUCCCCCUGCCUGAAGCCGCCGCUCGACAGCAGAUAGUCACCAACCUCAUGGCGUGGGAGAAGAACCAGCUGAGAGAGGAGGAGCUGGAGAGCGUGGUGGCGCGGACGGAGGGCUUCUCGGGAGCCGAUAUGACCCAGCUGUGUCGAGAGGCGGCGCUGGGUCCCAUCCGCAGCAUCCAGCUCAGUGACAUCACCACUAUCACCCCCGACCAGGUGCGUCCCAUCCUGCAUAGCGAUUUCCAGGAGGCCCUGAAAACCGUCCGGCCCAGUGUGUCGCCGAAAGACCUGGAGCUGUACGAGGAGUGGAACAAGACUUUUGGAUGUGGACGCUGAGCGGGCCUCCCCCUCCUGACUGUCCUCUCACUCCUCAUUGAACUCUGGGGGGAAAAAACCUGAAACAAAUUUUUAAUAUUUCAAACUUUUCUGUGUUCGAUCGAGCCCGUAUUUGAAAUACAGUCACUUGUCCUA